GUCAUGGGCGUACUCUGUCAUAUGAUGAUGGCUUUCUGGUAGAGAGUCUACGGCAGGGGGUCACCAAGUCCAGUCCUCCAGGGCCCCUAUCCAGCCUGAUUCAACACACCUGAUUCAAAUCAUCAGGCUUUUCUAGAGCUUGCCGCUCAUUUUAAUCAGGUGCGUUGAAGUAGGGCUGCACCUAAAACAGGCUGGAUAGGAGCUCUUGAGGACCAGACUUGGUGACCCUUGCUCUCCGGGAUGAUACUUCUCCAGGUUGCUCGCCUAAAAUUGACUCAGCUUGCAUCCGAUGCCGGUGGGGAACCUCUCGGACCGACCUGGGUGAGUAUAUUAUAUAAGCGGGAGCAGGGCAGGUAAAGGAUCAGGACGCAGCGGUGGCCUGAUCCCAUUAGAGGUUUAAUUUCAUGAGCUUUCUUUAGUCUCGCUCCAGGACCUAAGAGGGUUAAGAGCGUUAACCAUUGCUCAUGUGCGGCCAUUCCGGCAUCUGCCAUGGAGUUCUAACCUCUUUAGCGUUUUCUUCCAGAAAGAGACUCGAUCAUCGAGCCCCGGUCCGGCAGUUUGACACGCGGCUACUCGUUGUGAAUGCAGACCCCGUGAAAUCAUCAAGCUCAACCGGCGCAGACGAGAGACUCUUUCGGACAAAGACUCCUUGCUGUUGUCACUGCAUUUGGAUCGGACGGACGAUGGGCAAUCACGGCUCCAACCUGGACGACAUCCUGGCCGAGGACAUGCACCACUGGUACAACAAAUUCAUGCGGGAUUCGCCGUCGGGUCUCAUCACGCUGUUCGAGCUGAAGACCAUCCUGGGCCUGAAGGGUAUGACUGAGAACGCCAACAGCUACGUGGACCAGGUCUUCUUCACCUUCGACAUGGAUGGGGACGGCUACAUCGACUUUGUGGAAUACAUUGCUGCCAUCAGUCUGAUGCUGAAGGGGGAAAUCAACCAGAAGCUCAAGUGGUACUUCAAACUCUUUGACCAGGACGGCAAUGGAAAAAUCGACAAGGAGGAGUUGGAGACUAUCUUCUCGGCCAUCCAGGACAUAACCCGAAACAGAGAUAUUGACCCUGAGGAGAUUGUCACGCUCAUUUUUGAAAGAAUUGACGUGAAGGGGGAAGGUGAGUUGACCCUGGAGGAGUUCAUCGAGGGUGCCAAAGACCAUGAAGACAUCAUGGAUAUGCUGAAGAACCUGAUGGACUUGACGCCCGUGUUGAUGAUCAUCGUCGAGGGCAUAAGGCCGUGAGGGGCAAAGCUGACAGAUAAAACAAAGACAAAAACUGUGGGGGAAAGUUGCUUGACGGCCCCCCCCUCUACGGAGACAUGUCUGCGAUGGACCGACCGUUGUCUCUGGUGAUCAGGUGGACAGAAAAACUCGCUCCCGACACCUUGAUUCCUCGACAGUUGUGUUGAAGUCUCUCCUUCCCAGUUGAAGUUUACUGUAAAAUCAGAAGGGAAGAGACUGAAACAUUGAACUCCAAAAUGUCCGACAACGCCGCAGAAUAUCAUAAUCUCCUAGCAAUGAAAAUGAACUAUUGUGCCUAACACUACCCUAGAAGCUCUCUUUAUUACAUGAACAUAGUUGAGGUCAACAAUAAUGCAUCAUUCAUUAGCUGAUUCCUGCUGACGGGCGGCUAAGCGUUUUAUCUUGCUCUUCAAGUAUCUUUAGGGACACCCUUGUGCAAUGCAUGUUGGGAGUCUGCUCUGCCUCAGCCACAUUUUGCUGUGAUCUUCUUAAAAGAAGCUUAAUCCCACUGAUUUGUAACGGAGAUCAUUCGAAGCGCCAUCCAACAAAGCUCCUUCCUGUCUGUUUUGAAUCAUUUUCAGGAAACCCAAGCAACUGUACUGCUCACUUGUUUAAAUGCUGUAUGCACAUUUUCUAGUUUUUCAAAUAAAAGCCUUACUCUG